ACCUUGAGAACCCCAUGAACAGUAUGAAAAGGCAAAAAAAUAGGACACUGAAAGAAAGUAUCUCAAUAAGCUGAAUAUUAACCGAGUGCAGGAAAAGCCCAAAUCUCUACAGAUACCAUUGCUUUACUUUCUGAAAAGCUUUUAAACAUUUUCACAACCAGUUUGCAUCUUCAUGGAAGCCCACCCAAUGCUUUUCGUAAAGACAUUGCAUACCACUGGCAUUCUUGAGUUUCUUUCAUCAGGACUGCUGACUUUAUACUGAGAAGGGAGAAAAAGACCGAAACAGCAGACGUCAAGCCCUGAGAGCUCAUUAAUAAACUUGGGAGGUAAAAUGGAGCCACACUCAACUGCAGUGGAAUUCAAACUGCCUGUGUGGAAGCAAGCCGUGCAAUUCUCCAGACAAAGGCCAGCCCAGUGGUAGCUCUGAAUUCCAUUCCUGAACUAUUGGGUUUUUAAUAAAGUUGGAAAGGUAGGGAAAACACAAACGCCUGGGAGGAUCUUAAGUCUUUCUGGCUUUGGAAAGCUGGCUUCUCAGAGGUUAGUACCUGCCAGAAAAGUCUCCUCCCAACAUCCUAAGAUUAUGGGAUUAAAUUGAUAGGAGAGCAUCAGUUCUGAUUCAUGACAUGUGGCUGGGAGAGAAUUAGUCAGUUCAUACAUUUCCUGGGUUUCUUUGGAUAGUCAACAAUGAUGGUAUUUGUUGACCUGAAAUUCUUGCCUCCAUCAGUGGAUCUUGGAUCCACUGGGGGAUGUAGAGGUCAGGGUGUUCUAUUCACUAAGUGUUUGAGAUCAGAGAGAGUGACCAGCCACCCAUCUACCUGGACCCCCACAGAGCCAGCCCUGGGUUGGAAAGAUCCCUGGGAGGCCCAGUAAUAACAUAUUUCCUAGUUGCAUUAUGUUUUCCCAGAGCAUAUUCAGGUAUUCUUUCGUCAACGCCUUGCCCAAUUCUCUGGGAAAAUAGGGUGAUUGUUAUUAGCCCUCUUUCUCACAGAGGAGAGAGAAGGUUCUGGGAGGUAGAGUGAUGACAGAGGAGGAAAUGGGCCUCUAGUCUUGACGUUCUGACCCGUCUGGGAAUUUUGUGGAUAAAAGAUGCCCUAACACACACUCCCUGAAUUCAGGGGGCAGCCCGAGUGUGCACCCAGGCAGAGAAAGCUCAGGAAUUCAUCUCAGAGUUCAAGCUUUCCAUAGCUUUUUGUUUCGUCUCCUUGUCCAUCCCUUCAGCUCCAGGGCCCUCCCCCCCGUCCCCACACCUGCUCUCAACCCCCGAGAAAACUGUGCUCUGGUUUUUUGUUUGCUUUUGCAACAUAAAGAAUCAUAUGCUAUAUUCUGUAAAGUGGGGGCAUGAGUUCUGGAGUCAGACUUCAUUCUAAAUCCUGAUGCUGCCGCCUACUAGCUCUGUGACUUUGGCCAAAUUGUUUAGCUUGUCUAAAUGUUAGUCACCUCGUCUCUACAGUGGGACUGGGACCUAAGAGGGUUCUCAUGAAGGUGAAGUGAGAUAGUGCACGUAAGGUUUCUGGUAUGAAGGAGGCACUUGGGAAACGUUAGCAGCUUGCCAAAGGGCUUCUUGUCUGGUGGGAUGUGGCUAAUGACCGUAGGUUCCCACAUGGAGAGGGGUGCUCCAAGGGCACCGCCCACCCUGACAAUUUCCACAUUCAUCGCCCCUGCAGAAGUGACUGCAGGGAUGAGGGGCUUGCCCACUCCUGGAGGGAGUAUUUGGCAGGGAGAGAUUUAUGGAGGGCUGUUGCAAACUGGAACCGUGGACCCGUUAUUUCUGCCUCUUCCCCGCACCUUUUCCCUUGGGGUUCCCUGGGCUGUAGAAUGAUGGAGAUAGAUGGGACCUCAGAGGCCAUUUGAUUUGACCUUGACCGCCUCUCACCUAUUUCACGUAUUCAGUCAGAUGGUCUCCAGCGGUCGGCAGGCAUUGGGAACAGCCAGAGCCAGGGUCAGGUUCUGGAAAGAUCCAUAGCGGGACUCUGCGCCGAUGCGGCAGGGGCUCCCAGACGAUUGUCAGAUGGAGGCUGAGCUCAGGUCUCACACUGCUCCCUAAUGCCAGAUCCAGUCCUAGCCCCCUGUGCUCCCAGCCACACCCCUCCAACCAUCACAGGGCUGAACACUUCCUCAAAAAAAGUCCACAUUCUGAGCGCCUCACUUUUCUUUGCUCUGGGGUCUUUUGCUUCCCCAAUACUAACCUUGAGGGGUGACCUGAAUUCCCACGCCCCGGUCCCUCUUCAGCUGGGGUGAAACAGCACACCCGCCCCUGUGACUGUCCUCACUCGCGGACUCGGAUCCGACUGCCCAGGGAGAGGCUUCAGAGGUUUCCUGAACUCAAGCUCCCCGUUCCUUGCUUUUACUUACCACGCACAGAUAGAUUCUACUUGGUUUCAGAUACCGUCCGAGUUUCUUUUUGAAAAAAGAGGCUGCACAUGGGGUUACAUAAGAGUCUCUCUGAUUUUUUUUUUUUAAUGCGCUUCCUCUUUCAGGACUGUUUGAGGCUACUUUUGCAUAUAUGCACACCAGCCAACACUAACAGCUCCUGUGAAUUCAGAAUAGCCUGAAACGCCACCCCUUAUAAACCUCAACCAGGCAUUUUAUCCACGUCACUGAACUGCGUAUUUUAAGAACCUGUUUUACUUAAGACAUGGUGGUGUGAAAUGAAAACAAAGCAGAAACCCGAGGGCUAAUGGGACCUUCCCCUGGUGGUGGGAAGUGGGACUUGGGUAUUGGAGGUCGCAGGUGCGGAGGUGAGGGUGGGGGGACUUGAUCCCAAGCCCCCAGAUCCUUGAAGUAGUUUGGGUUUCCAUGUGUCUUUUCAGCAAAAUGAUGCUUCAACACCCAGGCCAGGUCUCUGCCUCGGAAGUCAGUGCCUCUGCCAUCGUCCCCUGCCUGUCCCCUCCUGGGUCACUGGUGUUUGAGGAUUUUGCUAAUCUGACACCCUUUGUCAAGGAAGAGCUGAGGUUCGCCAUCCAGAACAAGCACCUCUGCCACCGGAUGUCCUCGGCGCUGGACUCGGUCACCGUCAGCGGCAGGCCCCUCGAGAUGUCAGUCACCAAAGCCGAGGUAGCGCCUGAAGAAGAUGAAAGGAAAAAGAGGCGACGGGAAAGAAAUAAGAUUGCAGCUGCCAAGUGCCGAAACAAGAAGAAGGAAAAGACAGAGUGCCUUCAGAAAGAGUCGGAGAAGCUGGAGAGUGUGAAUGCUGAGCUGAAGGCGCAAAUUGAGGAGCUCAAAAACGAGAAGCAGCAUUUGAUAUACAUGCUCAACCUGCACCGGCCCACGUGUAUUGUCCGGGCUCAGAAUGGGCGGACUCCAGAAGAUGAGAGGAACCUUUUUAUCCAACAGAUAAAGGAGGGAACAUUGCAGAGCUAAGCAGCCGUGGUAUGGAGCAACUGGGGAGUCCUCAUCAAAUCCUCCUUUUACAUCCGAAACCCUGAAGCCAUUGGAGAUCUGACUUCCUAUGCACCUCUUGAAUCCCAGCAGCUAAGAACCAUCAAGGUGGGAGUGCCCUCCAUGACUCAGCCGGGCCUUUCCACUCCACUCCAGGGUGGACUUUGGACCGGGGCAAGGGCAUCUUUUGCCUCCACUCCAGGAUUUAAGCCUUAACAUCCCGGCCAUCCUUGGAUUCUCCAGAUGACCCCCAGUUAGGGUCCUGCCUCCCUCGCGUCUGGAUUCUGCAAAAUUCAGGACUCCCACCAUUAGGAUCCAUGCAGAAGAAGUGUCUGUAACCUUGGGUGGGUGGGGUGGGGCCACCUCCUCCGCUGCUGCCGCCACUGUCACUUGUAGGGGACAUGGAGUGAGAAUGGCAUCUCGUGAAGUUGUGCAAUGGCCAGGGUUGUGCUUUCUAGCAAAUACGCUGUUCUGUACAGGAGUUGCUGUGUGCAAGGCGUUCGUUUCAAAACUAGGCGUGUGCUCUACUGACGUUUGUGCUGCACGACACCGCUGUGACUUUUUCGUGACUUAGCUCAGACCUGGUUUCUGAGAGUUUGGGGGGCUGUCGCCACGUGCAGUGUCUUGCUAAGUGUUCAGGUGGCCAGAAGGGCUCGCCAGCCCUGGGAGGAGAGAAUUGGGCCGGGCAGCACUGAGUACAGUUUUGUGCCAAUAGAAAAGACCUUUUCCGCUUGGCUCUCAGGCAUUAAUGCAGGCCCUCUAUUGCAAACUCAGUUAUAAAGUCACAGGAAGAAAGCAGAAACAAGAGUCCAGCUUCCAAAGGCUUAGGAGUCUCUGCUCGGUGACUUAGGUCAGGAAUUUUUUUCUAGGCUGAAAGAGCCAAAGAAUAUUCCACUUUUCCUGUUCUUGCGAUUGAGAACCACAUUCAGUGGACACUCAUUUGAAGCCAGGUGAUGCCUAGGCUUUAGCAUUAUUAGAUGUUAAUGGCAUCGUUUCUGUCAUGCAGAUGUUUGUAGAAAUCUGGCCCAGAGCAUUUACAGCUGUGAGAAAGUCUACUCACACUGGCCAGGAGGUCUCUGGCUACUAUCUGUUUAAAUUCUGACGUUUCUGUGAAAUCCUCAGAGUGUUUAAUCCUACUCAGUAGUAUCAUUACAAUUUUCUGUAAGAGAAAAUAUUACUUAUUUAUCCUAGUAUUCUUAACUUGUCAAUAUAAUAAAUAUUGGAACCAAGACAUGGUGAACUAAA